UUCACUCUCAAACAAAAACACAAUUUUCUUUCGUUUUUUUUUUAAUAUCAGCCCCUUCCAUCUUCCCCAAAUUAGGGUUUUAUUUAGGGUUUUCUUAUUCGCACAAAAAAUUGGGUCUUUUUUUGGUUUGGGAAUCUCGUUUCUUCGAUUCAGGUGAAGGAAGCUGUGAACAAUGCCUCCAAGAAAGGUGAAGAGAGGUGCUGCGUCAAAGAGAACAACGAGGGGAUCCUCAAAGCCUGCACUUGAGAUUCAACAGCAGCAAGAGCCUGAAGCUGUGGAUGUGAAGCAUGAGGAAAAAAAUCCAGUUCUUGAUGCUGUGGUCGAGGAGAAACCCAUUGAUGCGAACCAUUUGGCUCCAGAGGCAGUGCCUGAUGUGAAAAACAAUGAAGAGGAAGUUAAGGAGUCCAUAGAUGAAUGUGAAAAAGGUGAACACUUAGAUUUGGAGGAUAAUUAUCCUGAGUUUGAACCCGAGGAGUAUGGUGGAGUUGACUAUGAUGAGAAGGAAAUUGAACAAGAAGAAGAUCAGGAGGUGGGAGGUGAAGAAGAGGAAGAACCCGAAGAGAAUGUAAUUGAAGAAGAGAGUGAUACAGGUGAUGAAGAAGUUGAAUAUGUUUAUGAAGAAGUUGAGUGCGAUGAUGAUGUUGAUGAUGAUGAUGAGCAUGCUGGUGAGGAGCAGGGGCAUGAGCAUGAACAUGAUCAUGCACAGAUGGAUGAUUUGGAAGAAGAGGAACAUCGUGAAGUUGUAAAGGAGAGGCGAAAGCUGAAGGAAUUUGAAGUAUUUGUUGGGGGCCUAGAUAAGGAUGCUACUGAGCAUGAUCUGAAGAAGGUUUUCAAGGAAGUUGGGGCGAUUACUGAAGUCAGGCUGAUGAUGAAUUCCCAGACUAAAAGAAACAAGGGAUUUGCAUUCUUGCGUUUUGAAACUGUUGAACAAGCAAAACGAGCUGUGGCAGAGCUAAGAAACCCAGUGAUUAAUGGCAAACAAUGUGGUGUUGCUCCAAGUCAGGACCACGAUACUCUCUAUUUAGGUAACAUAUGCAAGACUUGGAAAAAGGAAGCUUUAAAGGAGAAGUUGAAACACUAUGGCGUUGAAAAUGUUGAGGAUUUGACUUUAGUAGAAGAUGGUAACAACGAGGGAAUGAACCGCGGAUUUGCAUUUUUGGAAUUCUACUCUCGUUCAGAUGCUAAGGAAGCGUAUAGGCGACUGCAGAAGAGAGAUGUUGUGUUUGGAGUUGAUAAGCCUGCAAAGGUUUCCUUUGCAGACUCCUUUACUGAUCCGGAUGACGAAAUUAUGGCGCAGGUUAAAACUGUGUUUAUUGAUUCACUGCCUCCUUCAUGGGAUGAAGAGUAUGUUCGUGAUCUUCUUAAGAAAUACGGGGAGAUUGAAAAGAUUGAGCUUGCUAAGAACAUGCCAGCUGCCCGUAGGAAUAAUUUUGGUUUUAUUACGUUUGGUACUCAUGCUGCUGCUGUGGAAUGUGCUGAUAGCAUUACCAGUGCGGGGUUAGGUGAAGGUGACAAGAAGGCAAAAGUUAGGGCUAGAUUGUCAAGACCUCUUCAGAGAGACCGUGGCAAACGUGUUCGUCAUGGGGACUACCGUUCUGGCCGCAAUUCUGGAAGAUUGGCAAAGCCUUCACGGAGUCGACCUGCACCACGUAGUCGUCCUGCCCACGUGGUGAGAGGAAUUGGAAGCCGUGUUCCGCCAGUUAGGCCUGUUAGUGUGAGAGAUAGACGUCAUGUUGCAUCCAUGCCAGUGAGAGCUAGGCCACUGGCUCGUCCAGCUAGAUCCUAUGACAGGAAAUUGGCUGCACCUGUAUAUACAAAAAGUAGCUCGAAAAGAGAUUAUGAUCGACGUGAGGAUAUGCAACCUCCAAGUAGAAUUUCUGCAGAUUAUGGCUCUAGGUUGGCCUCUCAAAGACGCCCAUCUUCUAGGGAUUAUCCAGCCCGUGGCUCUGGCUACGCUGAGCUGCAUAGAAGUACAUCUCAUGCUGCACCAAGGAGAGGUUAUGUGGAUGAUGGCUAUGGCCAAAGAUUCGAGAGGCCUGCUCCUCCUCCUCCUCCUCCUCCUCGUCUUAGCUAUCGUGAAGCGCGCCCCCAUGAUUAUGACUCUCUAUCUGGCUCUAAACGUCCUUAUACUGCUAUAGAUGAUGUUCCUCCACGGUAUGUGGAUACUGGUGCUCGGCAAUCAAGACCACGUUUGGACUAUGACUAUGGAGGUAGCGCUUCACAGUAUUAUGGUGAUAGACUUGGAAGAUCUAGUCUGGGAUAUAGUGGCAGCAGAAGUUCUAUUUCUACUCAAGACUCACAUGGGACAUAUAGCAGUCGACAGGGCAUUAGUUAUGGCGGAGGUUCUUUUGGUGGUAGUGAUGGUGGUUUGUACUCAUCAAGUUAUGAUGGUGAUUACGUAUCUCGUGGAAAUGAUGUUGGUGGAAGUUCGUAUUCAUCCAUGUAUCCUGGCAGGGGUGUGAGUGGUAGCAGCAGUUAUAUGGGUGGUGGGGGAUCUAGGUCUUAUUAUUGAGAUCUAAAUAUAAUGUAGAGGCUGCUGUUGGAUGUGGACUUUUGAAGCUUAUGCUAAUGCACGUUAUGUUGCUGAACAUUGCUAAGUAAUAGCCUGGUUUGGGAAUUUGUCACAAAUCAGGGGUUAUGUCUAUUCAAGAUAAUCUCAAAUCCUCUCUGGAUGGAUGUAUACUGAGUUCUUGAAUUUGUGCUGUAAGUACUGAAGUUAAUUAGAGAUGGAAAGAAAAGUGCUGAGCAUGUGAUGUGUAAUUAAACCUCGUUUUACAAGACUCUCAUAUGAAUGGAUAAUGUGAAACAUCGCUUCAUGUCGGCGGAUGUUACUUUUGGUUAAGGAUUAUUGGGAUUUUCCUGCUGUCAACAAAGUUCAUUAUUUUUUUUUAAU